AUGGAUGAAGUAUUGAAUCCUACUGCAAUUAAUAAUUACUUGUCUAGUAUUGAAGCUUUGAGUGGAACUAAUUUUAAGAAAUGGAAUGAACAAAUUGGAAUUGUUUUGAGAAUUAUGGAUUUAGACUAUGCAUUAAGAGAGCCAGCACCUACAAAGCCUAAUGAUACAAGUUCUAAGGAACACAUGGCUUUAUAUGAAAAAUGGAAACGCUCUAAUCGUUUAAGUCUAAUGAUUAUAAAAGGCUCAAUUAUGCCUGCAAUUCAAGGAGCAAUCCCUGCUUCUGAAAGUGCAAUGAGUGACAUGAAAUCUAUUGAAGAACAAUUCAUUGGAACUUCCAAAUCCCUUGCUAGCACUCUUAUGAUUAAAAUGAUGACAAUGAAAUAUGAUGGUUUGAGUGGUGUUUGUGAACUUAUCUUGAAGAUGAAUGGCAUGGCCUUUCAAUUAAAGGGAAUGGACAUGGAAAUUUCUGAAGGUUUUCUUGUUCAUUUCAUUAUGACUUCUCUUCAUGCGCAAUUUGGUCCUUUCAAGAUCAAUUAUAAUAUGCAGAAAGAUAAGUGGAAGAUGAGUGAGUUAAUUGCCAUGUGUGUUCAAGAAGAAGAGAGGCUUAAAGCUGAAAAGCCUAAUAUGGCUCACCUUAUCACCUUGGGUCCAACCAAAAAGAUUUUCAAGAAAAGCAAAAAUGUUCCACCAAAUUCUUGGUAUACUUAUGUGUAUCUUAUUCGUGAAAAAUCAGAAGCACUAGAUAUGUUCAAACUCUAUAAAGCUGAAGUUGAAAAUCAACUUGGCAGAAGGAUUAAAAGUGUAAGAUCUGAUAGAGGCGGUGAAUAUUAUGGUAGAUUCACUUAG